GCUGUGCGGGGCAGGAGCCGGGGAGGGGACGUGGACAGGUGAUCGUGCACCGGAGGGUUCGGCGGCCGGGCGGAUCAGCGGGCAGUGGACCGGCCGGAAUCCACUGGCCCCGCGGGCGUCAGCUCCGGAGCCCGAGCGCGGCGCAGACGGAGGGAGAGCCGACCCGGCGCUAGGAGGAGGACGCGCCCCCACCCAGCUCCUCUUGCGCGUUGUUUCCACUCCUUUUGCGAGACCUGUUCGUUAGACCCAUCAGCUCCAAGUAGUUGUUUCAAUCUAGUUGUGGAGGGUGCAGCUCACAGUGGCCCAUGUCGGGAUCUAACCGGCAACCCUAGUGUUACAAGCAUUGUGUUCUAACCAGCUGAGCUAACCGGCCGUCUCCACACAAGUCACUUAUUUCAACAGUCAUUCCUUUGGUUGUCUGAAUUGUCUGUAUGGCCUUAUCAUCAACCAGAAGUGAAAAGUAAAGAGGUAGGAAAAGGUGGGUCGGGUCAGAGGCUGCACGUCAUGUCCGCUUUCGAAGAUGAUGACACAGAAGAGACGGUCACUUGUCUGCAGGUCACUGUGUACCACCCUGGUCAGCGGCAAAGCGGAACAUUCCAGUUAAUAAAGUUUCACCACCGAGAGAGACUGCCGUCCAGUGAAGUGGUGAAGUUUGGCCGCAACUCCAACACCUGUCGGUACACUUUUCAGGACAAACAGGUUUCCCGAGUCCAGUUUUCUCUGCAGCUGUUCAAGAAGUUUGAUGGCUCGGUUCUCUCCUUUGAAAUUAAAAAUAUGAGUAAGAAGACUAGUCUGCUUGUGGACAACACGGAGCUGGGCUACCUGAACAAGGUGGAUCUGCCACACAAGUGCAUGGUCAGAUUCGGCGACUACCAGCUUCUGAUGGAGAAGGAGGACGGGGAGUCACUGGAAGUCUUCGAGACUCAGUUUCUCCUGUCACCAAGAUCACUCCUGCAAGAAAACCACUGGCCGCCAGGGAGGCCUGUGCCUGAGUACGGCGGUUACCUAUCCUGCUGCCCCCCAAGCACGUCUCCUACAGAAACGGACGAAAGUGAAUCGUGAGCAGAGGGCUAAGGGCAGUCCUGGAUGAGGACUGCAGACACUUUCCAGACUCCACUGUUCAGGGUUUAUUAGCGCAGAAUGUUGUCACCACAGGCAGUGCUUCCGCAUGGUGAGAUCUCAUAUGCCACAUGAUUAUAUCCCCACAGUCUAGAAGAUUCUGUCUUUACUACCUAAUGCAUUGACUGACUUGAAACAGCAUCACUUUUAUGCUCUAACACGAGUGUUAAUAUUGCUUUCAAUAUGCCUUGUAGAAAAAUUAGCCAUAGUCUUACUAUUAGGAGAUAACUACUGUUACCGUUGUGUGUGUG